AAACUUCAAGUCCUCAAUCAAUUCUUUCCACUUUAACUUCAAUUCAUUAUCAAAAUUAUCUUAAAAUGGAGUCAACAUCUCUAAUCUCCUCAACUCUUCCUUCUCUACAAAUUCCUUGCAAAAAAUUGCAUAAUCAAAAGCUCAAAUUUAGAGGUCAAACCAAAAGGUCUAGCCAUGGAAUUGCAUUUUCAAGUAGAAGAGAAGACUCAUAUGAAUGGAGUAAUAAUAAUAAUAACAAUAAUAUGUAUGGAGAAAUGCUUGUCGAUGAGAGCAUGAUCGUGUUAAGGAAACGCAUACACGAAAUGAAGAUGAUCGAGAGAAAUUACGAGCCCCCACAAGAAUGGAUGCAAUGGGAGAAGCAGUGUUAUGCAAGUUAUGAUCACUUUAUUUGCAAAUAUGUUGGAUUCUUGCAAAUGCAUUUGAUGAAUACUAGGCCUAGUUUGGCUUUAGGUAUGAUGUUUCUUAUUACCAUGAGCCUUCCCAUUUCGACGGUGAUGAUUGCACUUCAGUUGAUGGAGGCCGGUAGUGGAGUCAUUUCGGCCGUUCAUUUGGGUUGAUCGGAAAAUUCUUAUGUUCUUGUUUAUUAGAAAUCCAAUUCUUUAUUUCUUACAUUGUAAAGCAUAUACGAUUGAUGAGAUGUUUAGCAUUAAUUUACUCAUAUAGCUAUAGUAUUUAUAUUCAUCAAGAUGUGUAUAUUGAAGGCCUUAAUAUAUGAUUAUCUUUCAUCUUAAA